UAGCAAAAAUAAAACUAACUACGCAUGGUUUUAUUUUUGAAUAUAACAUGAAAAAAUGUUUCUGUCAACAUGAAAAUGUUAUACUAUUAAUUAUUUUGCUUUUUAUGUAAGGUUACAAAAUUAUUAGUUAUUCUCAGAUCGAAACACCGGAAAACGUGUUAAUUUUUUUUCUUCUUCUAAUAAUUAAUUAACAAAAGGGAGAAGAAAGAAAAAAAGAAUUGAACAUCAUGUGCAGUCUAUAAAUACAUCUCUCACAUCCCCAAACACAAAACAAAACAGUCUCCCUCUCUUCUCUCUCUCUCAAAGAGUAUAUAGCAGAUGACGUCAUCCAACAGUUCUUCAUCACGAACAUCAUCCUCGUCAGACCAAUCUGAUGUAACCACGACAACAAGCACCCACUUGUCCGAAAUUUCACCGAGAAACAACAAAAGAAAGAGAAGCAGAGAUUCUUCCUCUUCUUCAUCUUCUUCUUCUUCGGAGCUAAAGCUAAAGCAUCCUGUUUACAGAGGUGUGCGCAUGAGAAGUUGGGGCAAAUGGGUCUCCGAGAUCCGACAGCCUCGCAAAAAGUCUCGAAUCUGGCUCGGCACAUUCGCCACCGCAGACAUGGCGGCGCGUGCUCACGACGUCGCUGCUCUCGCCAUCAAAGGCUCCUCCGCCGUCAUCAACUUCCCGGAGCUGGCCUCUGUCCUCCCUCGUCCGGCGUCGUCUUCGCCGCAUGAUAUCCAAGCAGCAGCCGCAGAAGCCGCCGCCAUGGUGGUCGACGGAAAAGCAUCAAACACAGAGACGGAGGAAGCAGAAGCACCACAGUCGCCUGAAUCAUCCAAGGAGGAAGAGAGGUUGGAGGAGAUUGUGGAGCUGCCUAACAUUGAAGAGGGGAGUUAUGACAUGAGCGUGAAGUCACACUCUGACCUGGAUUACUCUGAGCCGUUGGAUUGUUGGGUGUAUCCUCCUCCGGUCAUGGAUCUCUAUGAAGAAGAUUUCUUGGAGUUCGAUUUCUUGGAGCUAUGGAGCUUUCCUCACACGGAACUGAUUAAUCCUUAAUUAGGUUUAAUUAAUAAGUUGCAUUCAUAUAUAGAUAAAUACAUACCUUUGUGUUGUUUUUAUAUUUGUAUGGCUAGUUAGGUACGUAGUAUAGGAAUUGUAGUGGUAUUAUAUAUGUUGUAAGUUACCAAGGCUAGUUUAAAACUAUUGUAAAAUAAAUUUAUAUUUAUAUUUGUACUUAUCAUACAA